UGUGAGUGUGUGAUAGAGUGUGAGUGUGAGUGUUAAUGUUAGUGUGUGUCAGUUGGAGCCCCAGAGACCCGCAGAGAGCUGAGGGGUGAGGGGGAGCGGUGAGGAGCGCCCUGAGCCCCCCGGGGGGCUAUGCAGGCUCAGGCCGAGCUGAGGGGCUCCUCCCCGGGGCUACAGAAGACGGGGAGUCGGCGCUACAAAACCUUUAUGAUCGAUGAGAUUUUGGCGAACAACAAGGAAAGUUGCAGCUACUUCCAGAAACUUUCCCUCCAUCAUUCCGUGUGCCCGACCUUCCUGGUCAGACCCCAGGCGGUGCACCUCCAGGGCCCGGCGUCUCUCAGGUCCUAUCCCAUGUUCUCCCUGCUCGGACGUCAGACGGCUGGAGUGACCCAGCUGUGUCCAAUGGCCAUCGGCCGUCUGCCUCAGCUCCUGUCGCCCUCGUCGAGCUCUGGGAGGACACAGACCCCAGGCCUGGACAGCAGUGAGUCGGAGAGCGACCAGGCCCUCCCCCGGCUAAAGAAACCCCGCCGGAGCCGCACUAUUUUCACCGAGUUACAGCUCAUGGGGCUGGAGAAAAAGUUCCAGAAACAGAAGUAUCUCUCCACCCCAGACAGGUUAGACCUGGCCCAGUCGCUGGGACUCACUCAGCUGCAGGUGAAGACGUGGUAUCAGAACCGUCGGAUGAAGUGGAAGAAAAUGGUGCUGAAAGGAGGACAAGAAGCGCCAACAAAGCCCAAAGGGAGGCCGAAAAAGAACUCCAUCCCCUCGACGGAAGAGAUCGAGGCGGAGGAAAAAGAAGCCAGACUGGCCCAGGAGCAGGAAUCCUCUCCUUCCUGAGAUAGAGAGAGAGAGAGAGAGAGAGAGAGUGGAGAUCAGGACAAACGG